ACGUUUUAGUACAGAGGUUUAGUACGUGAAAAAUGGCGUCGAUGUUGAGUCGUGGUGCUGCUAUCGCUGAAGGUUUUCUGCGAAAAUCUGGACCCAGAGUCCUGACCUUUGCCAAUCAGAGGAGGAACUUGAACGUCCAGGAACAUGUCUCCUACACUCUUCUGAACGAGGCCGGCAUUCCCACUCCCAAAUUCGGUGUGGCGACUUCGGCGGCUGAGGCGUCUAAGAUCGCCAAUGACCUGAACACCAACAAUCUCGUUCUGAAGGCCCAAGUGCUGGCGGGAGGGCGAGGAAAAGGACACUUCAAGAGUGGCCUGAAGGGCGGCGUGAGAGUCGUUUACUCGAGCGAUGAGGCUCAGAAACUCUCCUCCAAAAUGAUUGGUGAGAAACUAAUCACGAAGCAAACCGGAGCUGUUGGAAGGAUUUGCAAUUCAGUUAUGGUAGCGGAGCGAAAGUUCCCUCGGAGGGAAUUUUACUUUGCUGUCAUGAUGGAACGUGCAUUCAGUGGUCCAGUGCUUAUUGCGUCCUCCCAGGGCGGUGUGAACAUUGAGGAUGUGGCAGCUGAAGAUCCCAGUGCCAUCAUCUAUGAGCCCAUUGACAUCACUGCUGGUUUGACCAAGGAUCAGGCUCUGAAGGUGAUCAAGAAGGUUGGACUGGAGGCAGUGGCCGAUAAUGUUUCGCAGGUGCUGCUCAACAUGUACGACUUAUUCCUCAAGAAGGACGCCCUCCUUAUUGAGAUUAAUCCCUUCGCUGAGGACGCCGGAGAGACAUAUUUUGCGCUGGACGCAAAGAUGCGUUUCGACGAUAACGCUGAGUUUCGUCAGAAGGAUCUGUUUGCACUGCGCGAUUGGACCCAGGAGGAUCCGAAGGAAGUGGAUGCGGCCAAGUUUGACUUGAACUACAUCACUUUGGACGGAACAAUUGGGUGUCUCGUGAACGGCGCCGGCUUGGCUAUGGCCACGAUGGACAUUAUCAAGUUGUACGGCGGAGAUCCGGCUAACUUCUUGGACGUGGGCGGCAGUGCCAGCGCUCAGGCUGUGAAGGAGGCCUUCAAGAUCAUCACGGCUGAUCCCAACGUUCACGCCAUCCUCGUGAACAUCUUUGGUGGCAUCAUGAGGUGUGAUGUGAUCGCCGAGGGUAUUAUUGCAGCUGCAACGGAGCUCAAUCUCAAGACUCCCAUCAUCUGUCGGCUACAGGGAACGAACGUGGAUGAGGCAAAGGCACUGAUUAAGAAUUCGAAACUGCGAAUUUUGCCUCGUGACGAUUUGGAUGAAGCUGCCAAUUUGUCUGUUCAUCUCGCCCAAAUUGUUCAUUUGGCGCGCGAGGUGAACUUGGACGUGAAUUUCGAGAUACCAGAUUACCACAAGUAAUUUACAA